CGGUGAGUGGUUUGCAGCUGGUGAGUCAAAGCCAAAGGCAGAGAAGAAGAGGCGAACUUUCGUCAGGUAGCUGUUCUUUGGACCAAGAUGUCGGCUGUCUGGUGUUGUCCAGACGGGGUCUGAUUGGCAGAUGCCCUCAUCAUGAUGCUAAGCUGCAGCGCCCUGGUCGUCGCCCUCCUGCUGUCUCAAGCCAGGAGCUUCCUCGGCCCCUCAGAGGACGACGGCGUCCCUGAAGAGUGGGUGCUUCUCCACGUGGUUCAGGGUCACAUUGGAGCUGGAAACUACAGCUACCUGCGCCUCAACCACGAUGGCAGGAUCAUCCUGCAUAUGCAAAGCCUCAAGGGAGACGCGGACCUCUAUGUUUCAGAUAAAACCCUGCAGCCGAGCUUCGACACCUACAAGCUGCAGUCAGCCACCUGUGGCCAGGACGUGGUGGUGGUUCCAGGAGACUUUGUGAGGCCCGUGGGCAUCGGCAUUUACGGCCACCCGUCUCACCAGGAGAGCGAGUUUGAAAUGCGGGUGUUUUACGAUCAGACGGUGCCGCAGAACCCGUUCGAUAUGGACUCGUACACUUCAGAGGAUGGACACAAGCAAAAGAAAUCUCCUCCGCCAGGAGAGGAGAAAGAGGAGUCGAUCCUUUGGACAAUUCUGAUCGGGCUUUUGAAGAUUAUACUUGAGAUUUUGUUUUGAAAAUAGUUUCCUUCCUUUGCUCGUGUGACAGAAGGAGGCUCUGUCCUGUAAGGAUGAGAAAAUGUCAAACUCCAGUGCAGAUUCUGGCAUUUUAACACUUCUUUGCUUGUGACCAAACUUACAUACUUGAUAGAGACAACCAAUCAGAGAGUGUUUCAUUAAGUCUGUAUGUUUGGUGAAAAGCAAAUAAGCGUUAGCCUGUCAGAUUUAGCAGAGUGUGACUUUGCUUUGGUGUUUCUUCAUACAAAGAGAGAAGGAAGCGUAUUAAGACUAAGCACAGGCACAUGUUGAACUCACGGCCUGAAUUUUGGUCUCUGUGGUUGUUGAACUGCAGAUCAACCAAAGGGGAAUAUUUCUGGAGUCUUAAACAAAGGUUUAAGUUUAUCGAACACUCACAUGCACAUAUGUAAACAGUCAUACCGGCCCGUGGAGAGAUCCCUUCUCAACAUGGUUCCAGUGUAAAAGAAGCUGCAGUCAGAGUUAAGGCCUCAGUGUGCUUUAAACAAAGUGGGCUGAAACACACGUGAAGUCACGUCUAAAAGAAAAAGUGUAGAUACUGUGACCCCAUUUACACCUGGCAUUUACAUGCAGUCUGUACCUGGACAUCCAGUAACACAUCUAGAGGUCGAACUUGCUGAUGAAGAACAAAGAAUACACAGACACUUAUCAAUAUCAAGUGUAAAUGCAAAGUGGAGCAGAUGUCAUUAUCCAGGUGACAUAUCCAGGUAAGAUCACAUGUUAACACCAGCUGGAAAUGGGUUAGUAUUGUUUUGGGUUUAUGGAAAAUCAGAUAUAGUUUAAGUUAGAAAGAGCAGUCUUUGUUUGAAACUCGUAGACCUGUAGCUGAAUCACGUCGCUGUUUGCUUAAGUUGUAAAUUCUCUGUGAUUGUCACGUUUUCUCGCUGAGCCGCGGUGGGGGAAUGCACUGUAUCCUGGUGGCCACGUGCACGUUUGUUGUUGGGACAAAACACCGGCAACAAACCAGCACACAACCACAAGGAUGAAGAUAUCCACUUCAUUCUACCUCAGACCUCAGACUGCUGAUGACUAAUGUUUUUUCACUAAAACAGGACUGUUGAUGUAGUCCCCAGUUUUUUACAGUGUAUUCCACUAAACCAAAAGGCCAGUUUGGAUGGGGUGGGGUGGGGUGGGGUGGGGUGGGGUGGGGCAGCUGCAGCAACCAAUAAGCCCCUCAGCGUACAUAAGGCAUGUGAGUGUUUGUAUUACUAAACAAAAUCCAAAGCUAUGCUCAAACGUGUCAUAAAUCUUUAAAUCAGAUUCAGCAUCAAACAGAGAUUCCAGGUGUGGCUGCCUCUCACCUCGGCCUGUGAAUGAACGAAACCUUGUGUCUUAAUAUCAGCAGCACACAGAACGUGUGCAGGUUUAAAAAAUCAGAGACUUAGCAAUACAGUAAUCGUCAGCCAUUUGGAACCAAGAACGUGAGGUUCCUACGGGACAGGUCGGGGUUCUUCAGUCUCUGUUUUCAUUUGCUGAAUUUCGACUCCUCUGCUUUGUGAAGAGACUGUUAACAGUAACGGCAAUAUUUCAUUUGGUUUGAUCAUUCACUUUUGUUUUUGCCUUGGAGUUCAGUUAUUGUUAACACGGAGCAGAAAUGUUCAUCAGUGCCUUCAGGUCCGUCCUCUGCAGGGAGGACCGCCGAGCAGUUUCCUGUUUCCAGAGACGAUUGGGUCAGGUUUCUCAAUAAAACAGUUUUUUUGCAGACUGUUAAAAUC